AUGGGUACUUCUCCCCCAACAAUAAAGCUGGAUUAUUCUUUGCCAAUGUUCCAGAACAAAAAAUUAGUCGGAAAGGCACUGAGAUCCCGUAAUAACUAUAUUCAACGGUUACAUGUUAACCUCCCUAUGCAAUAUAAGCGUCCGAUCCAUAGAUGGAUACGUGCUGCAUUAGAAGCUAACGUUGAAGAUAUCUGUAUUUCUUAUACCCGUGAGGAAACUCGAAUUCCAAAAGGUACGUUUUCGUCUGAUUCAUUGAAAAAGUUGGCACUGGUGAUUCCUCAUACUAGGAUAGAACUACCCAGGCCAAGGUCAGAGUCAGAGUCAUUGUAUUUACCUCGUCUUGAAUAUCUUAAACUUGAUUAUAUUCCAUCUACAGAUGAAGAACAAAUAAAUAAGUUAGUAUCAAGUUGUCCUGCUAUUGAAUAUCUGGAUUUAAUGUUACGUGAUGAUGAUAAUGGUGAUGAUCAUGGUAUUAGAAUUGCUUCUCCUACGCUGAAGCACUUGAAAAUUCGUAAAUACAGUGGAAGAGUCUCAUUGAGUUUAUAUGCUCCAAAACUUGUAUCACUAAUCUUUGAAUCAGCUACAAACAAUGUCUAUCUGGAAGAUGUUUCUUCCCUAGUCAAUGCGACAAUUGUUUCAAAAGAGCACAGAGGUUAUGAUAUUUCAUCCGAUCCUACAGCUCAGAAAACGUCCCUGGAAGUGCUCCAUAACGUGCAAUGUUUAACAAUACCGGUUCCACUACUUCAGGAUUUCCCGGGAAUUCCUCAAUUCAUUGAAAAUCAAGUAUCUGAGCAGUUUGGUAAUCUACGGCAUUUGAAGUUGCUGCGUGUUGAUUUUUCAUGGAGCAGUUCCGUUUUUAUAAUAGCCUCCUUUCUCUCGAUGUCGCCAAAUAUUGAAUCACCUACCUUGGAUGUUACUAGAUAUCGCCCUUGGGAUUCAGCUUCAAGUCAGGAUGAGCUGCUGAAGGGGGAAUUAGAGUUGUUGUCUGUGAUGUUCACGCUAAACAAGCUCAAGAUCGUCAAGAUUUUUAACUUUAAAGGAAGCGGUAUAGAAAUCAAGCUUCUUGAAAUUUUGUCGAGGAAGGCUAACGUUCUGGAAAAAUUCUGUAUUUUUGGCAAAGCAGUGGAUAGACUUGCGGAUACUUCUGUCACUGAGAAGAUUCUCGAUGAUGUUAUUCAAUUGCGAAAGAAUUCGGGCCUUCCGAAUGUCGGAAUACUGUUAAAGAUGGGAAAAUUAGGCACAGGCUCAAAAAAAAUAAUAUUCUCAUUGUCAGGCACACAAUUAACUUUUAGUUCCGUGACACCCAUAAUUAUAUGA